AGGGAGGGGUGUGGCUAAGACACCGGCUCGCGUGUUGUUUGUUUCGGAAGCGGCAGGGGAGAAUUUGACAGGCGGGCGGAUCUGUACAUUGAGGAGACAUGGAGCGGGGAGAGGGGCAGAGGACAGAGGAGGAGGAGGCCGGGACAGGCAGAGCUGGAACUGCCAGAGCCCGCUGGAGGCUGCUGGGACAGGCACUAAGAAGGAAACGCGUAGAUGAAGAGAACCUCCAGAAAGUAUCUGUUAGAAGGUUCAAUUCUUUUCAGCUUUUCUCAGUAACUCCAUUAACAGAGAAGACAGAAGAUGAGGAGCACACCUGGCUCCAAUACAGAAGUAGAUUCUCCCCGGAGUACAGCGUGUGUUUAAGGCACCGCACAGGAGCUCUAAAUGUUUCUGACAUCCUGACAAGUUUUGACAAUACCGGAAAUGUGUGUAUCUGGCCCUCAGAAGAAGUACUGGCCUACUACUGUCUUAAACACAAAGACAUGUUUCGGGACCUUGCUGUGUGUGAGCUAGGGGGUGGUAUGACAUGCAUGGCUGGUCUCAUGGUCGCAGUUUCUGCAGAAGCCAAAGAGGUCCUGUUAACAGAUGGCAAUGAGAAGGCUAUUAAAAAUGUGUCCCACAUCAUCUCAAGAAGACAAAAUGCUGAGGCUUUUAAAAGCCAUUCGGUGUCUACUAGCAUUUUACGGUGGGAUAAUGAGACAGAUGUCUCUCAACUGGAAGGACAUUUUGACAUUGUUAUGUGUGCUGACUGCUUGUUUCUGGACCAGUACAGAGCCUGCCUUGUUGAUGCAAUAAAGAGAUUACUGCAGCCCUGUGGAAAAGCAAUGGUAUUUGCUCCUCGGAGAGGGAACACUUUAAACCAGUUCUGCAAUCUAGCAGAGGCGGCUGGCUUUUCUAUCCAAAGACAUGAAAAUUACGAUGAGAAUAUUUCCAACUUCCACUCCAAGAUGGCAGAAGAAGAUAAGGACAAUUAUGAUGCAAACAUUCAUUAUCCACAUCUUCUUGUUCUUACUAAGUCAAGAUAACAUCAAUCCAACUUUCUAUAACAAUGUUUCACUUACCAAUGUUUUCAUCACCCAAGUAUUAAUUAGUUUGACAUCUUAUUUUGUUUGAACGUGCUUUUAUAUGUUUUGUAUACAAUUCUACACUUAUGUUUCUAUCCAGUGUAGAAAAAUUACUAUAACUCAUUAUCCAACAAUAAACUAUUAAUAAAAGAGAAACUAUUUACACUA